AUCUGAUGCGGGAGAUGAAAGAGAAUUAUUAUUUAAUAUUAUUUAUGUUUGCAAGUCAAUUGUAUUUUUAUGUUUUAGGUCCUAGUAGUUUAUUGGGCUUUUAGUAUUUUAAUUUAGAAGUAAGGGUAUUUUUGUAAUAAGGCAAUUAGGGUUUCCUAGCCAAUUAGAACUAGGGUUUAGUAAUCCUUUAUAAGCAACCUAUUGUACUCCUUGAGGAGACAGUUGAUAUUUUGAUGAAUGAAAACAAUGGCCGUUUGGUCUUUCUUUGGUCUGGUGCUGACUCCAGGUCUACCCUAGGUGCUGACUCCUAGUGGUUUCCCCGCUUGGUGCUGACUCCAAGCAAGGCCUAGGUGCUGACUCCUAGGUCAUAUCUUUUAUUUUUCCGUUAUUUCAAUUUUGUUCUGGUUGUCCUGCGUCAGUUUUGGUAUCAGAGCAAACACCGAUCUGUUGAAGCAUCACCACCGCAGGAAAGAGCCAGAAAAUAUCACCCAAAAAAAAAAAAAAAAAAAACCAGAUUUUGAAGCCAACCAGAAACCUCUAGUCCAGAACCCACAAUCAAGUUUCCAAAUCCCUUGCAACCACAGAGAGAAAAAAAACCACGUCAAGACCCAUCGGCAACCUCGACUCACCACCGUUGAGAUUGACCCACCAGCCGCCGAAACCCACAGACCAGCACUUAGCCGCCACCGACCCAUCAGCCACCGCCGCCGAAAACAUCUUCACCUUCAACUACCGCCGCUGAGGACGUUGACCACCACCGAUGCCAAGACCCAAGACAUCGCGCCGCCACUCCUCUACGAUUCAAGCCGCUGCUGUCUUCCCUGUCUUCGCGCCACCACAGCCGUCGAUCCCUAGCACCGCGUCCAUCACCAAGCCUCUUUUCAGUUUAGAGAAUGUUGUCUCUUUUCGUUCCUAUGGUUUCCUUUUUUUUUUAAAGUCUGUCCUGUAGUUUGCGUUCUUUUUAAGUCUAUUGUUUGCUUUCUUUAAGUCUGUAGUUCCUUAAGUCCAGCAGUGUAUUUUAUUAUUUUGCAAAAAAAAAAAAAAAAAAAAAAAAAACCAAGCAGAGUCCAGGCCUGUGACAGACCAGUCCAAGCCCAGUUCCAGCACUACCUGUCCAGAGAACAUCACAGCAGCCCAGGUUCUUGUUCCAGCUCCAAACUAUUUUUUGACGCACUAUUUUAGAGAAUCAUGGAAAUAUUAGAAGCACCUUAUUUUGAUGGUUAUGAAGCUUAUCCACGAGAUUUUAUCAAUUGGAUGAAUGGGAUGGAGCAAUUCUUUGAGCGGGCAAAUUUUGCAGAUAACAUAAAGGUUAGGUAUGCCAAGUCGAAGUUAAUAGGUAAAGCACAGAGGUUUUGGGAGAAUCUUGAACGUUUCCGUUAUAUGGAUUAUGAACCUGCCAUUACUGUGUGGGAAGAUAUGAAAGAAAGGCUUUGUGAUGAGUAUUUGUCACCAUACUAUCGAGCUAAGUAUCUACCCCGAUCUCAGUGUGGUACUUUUCAAGUUGAAGCAAAUGCGAUGACUCCUCAUCCUCAUCCCAUAUCAUGUCCUCAGUGCACUUUUGAACAAUCUACCAAGGAAUUAUCUACCAGGAAAGUAACGGAAUUAACUGUAAAGCUCAUGAAAGAGAUUCAAGAUAGGACUGCUCAGAUGAAGCAAAUGAAGACUCAACCCGAUUCAAUUGGGAAACCAAAGAUAAUUAAUCAUAAUGAACUUAUUACUACCCCCAUAGAAGAGAACAUUGAUGGUGAUAUCUUGGUCGUGGAGAAUCCUCCAGCAACACCAAAGCCUAAUGUUGACAUAGACGUACAUGCUUCGACAAGUGUUGCUUUAACAAGCGUGCAAGGAAAUGAAUCUAUUGAAGAACAGCAAGGUGAAAAGAUGGCGCCUAAAGAGAGUAUUAUGUUAGAGGGUGCACAUGAUGUGAAAGUUGAAGUUGUUGAAUGUGCUUCUAAUCAACCCUCCACAGUCCUUGAAGAUCUACAUCUUGGUGAAGUCGAAGAGGUUGAAACCAAAGUGCUUCCUAUGACUCAUAAGGUUCAAGAAGAGAUUAUAUUGAUUCCACACAUUGAUUUUGUUAUUCCAAAUGAGUUUGAUGUGGUGGAAUUCAAGGUUUUUCUUUUCCCUAUGCUCCCUAAGGUGAUUUCAAACUUGAAGCAAGUGUUGUUUGUCAGCAUCCUAAUCCUUCAAUGCUUUAAAACUCGAGGUCGAGUUUUCUCCAACCAGAGGAGAAUGAUGCGGGAGAUGAAAGAGAAUUAUUAUUUAAUAUUAUUUAUGUUUGCAAGUCAAUUGUAUUUUUAUGUUUUAGGUCCUAGUAGUUUAUUGGGCUUUUAGUAUUUUAAUUUAGAAGUAAGGUUAUUUUUGUAAUAAGGCAAUUAGGGUUUCCUAGCCAGCAAGGGUAUUUUUGUAAUAAGGCAAUUAGGGUUUCCUAGCCAAUUAGAACUAGGGUUUAGUAAUCCUUUAUAAGCAACCUAUUGUACUCCUUGAGGAGACAGUUGAUAUUUUGAUGAAUGAAAACAAUGGCCGUUUGGUCUUUCUUUGGUCUGGUGCUGACUCCAGGUCUACCCUAGGUGCUGACUCCUAGUGGUUUCCCCGCUUGGUGCUGACUCCAAGCAAGGCCUAGGUGCUGACUCCUAGGUCAUAUCUUUUA